ACAUACGUGAUUCACUCGUCGGAAAGGAACGCUUGUCAAAGCUAAUUUCACCUUUUUGUAUAAAAAUUACCCCAGUUGGCGGUGAGAAGUCAAUAAGUCUUGAAAUGAUGUCGCACGGUGAUGAGUCAAUCCACCGUCUUGAGGGAUCCUCAGACCAGGUGGGAGGACUCAUCAUCAAGAAGAAGACCACAGCCAAGGAGGAUGACAAAAACUCCUUCAAGUUACCUCAGCACCGCUCCUCCCUCCUGGGCCUGGAUCGGCUGGCUGCUGCCAAGAGGAAGGAGAGGGAGGACCUUGAGGAGGAGACUAAGAAGAGGUCAAAGGUUACCUCCUACAGGGAUGAUUGGGAAGAUGGAGAUGAUGAUGUAGAGGAGGAGGAUUAUGAGAAGGAAUCCUCUCACAAAUCCUCUCACAAAAGGCAAUACCGAGCCCCCCGUAUUGAGACCCCCUCCCACCCUGGGGGAGUGAGCAAUGCUGUUAGGGACAGACAAAGACAGCGAGAGAAGGAUAGCCGGAAGGGCGGAGUCUAUGCCUCCUCCUCCAAAGAACAGGAGGGGAAGAAUCGACGAGACCGGGAGAGAGACAGGGACAGAGACAGGAGAGAUCGUGACAGACACCGAGACAGACACAGAGACGAUGACAGGGAGAGAAGGAGGGACCGCGACUCGGAGAGGAGCAGUCGUAGCGUUCGCAGUGAGAGGAGUGACUGGGAGAGGACACCAAGUAGAGACGAUGAGCCAGGAACGCCGAGAAUCUCCAGAGGGAUAGUCACCCCAUCACGGUCCAGUUGGGACGAGGACGAAGACAGCAUUCCCCGCAAAGCGCCCUCAGCCUGGGACUUCCCCACGCCCCAGGUGCCGUCGGGUCGGGGCAGGGAGCGCAGUGAGAGGGGAGAUCGCAGUGUGCGCAGCGAACGCCGGAGCGAGCGCAGUUCCCGGAGCAGCCGGGACAGAGACUUGGACAAAAGGGGUGGAUCCAGACGUCCAGUAGAGGACACCCCCAUGAUGACGCCAACUCACCGCUAUAACUCCUGGGCUAGUAACAGAAAACGCAUGGGAAUCACCCCAAAGAUAUCCGGAGGAGACACAGUGGAGCGAUUUGCAUCUGAAUCGGAACGCCAGGAGUGGGAGGAAGAACAGAAGAGGCUAGAUCGGCAGUGGUAUGGAUCUGACGAAGGCUACGAUGAAGCCAACAAUCCGUUUGCCUCCAUCCCAGAGGAGUACACGCAGAAGAGGGAGAAGGAACUCCUUAACAAGGCCUCCAAGAGAAUGUCAGCUCAGCAGAGACAGAUUAGCAAGGACAAUGAGAAAUGGGAGACCAAUCGGAUGCUGACCAGUGGAGUGGUGACCCGAGUUGACUUUGAUGAAGACUUUGAAGAGGACAACGUGAAACGCACGCAUUUGUUGGUCCACAACAUUGUGCCACCAUUUCUUGACGGACGCAUCGUGUUCACCAAGCAACCAGAGCCCGUCGUCCCUGUCAGAGAUACGACCUCUGACCUGGCCCAGAUUGCCAGGAAGGGGUCCCUGCUCGUCCGCAAGUACCGAGAGCAGAAAGAGAGAAAGAAAGCCCAGCACAAGGACUGGGAGCUGGCCGGGACUAAGCUCGGGAACCUCAUCGGAAUCGAGAAACAGGACGACAAGGGGUCGGAGGACGUCAACUACAAGUCACAGCAACAGUUUGCCGAGCACAUGAAAGAGAAGACAGAGGCCGCCAGCGACUUUGCCAUCAAAAAGUCGCUGAAGCAGCAGCGAGAGUACCUGCCCAUCUACGCCAUCAGAAACGAGCUGCUCAACAUCAUCAGGGACAACCCCGUCGUCGUGAUUGUCGGGGAAACAGGAUCUGGGAAGACGACACAACUUACGCAGUACUUGCAUGAGGAUGGUUACAGUAAGUAUGGCAUCAUUGGCUGUACUCAGCCCAGGCGUGUGGCUGCCAUGUCCGUGGCCAAGCGCGUCAGCGAAGAGAUGGGUGUGGCUCUAGGGGAGGAGGUGGGAUAUGCCAUCCGAUUUGAAGACGUGACUUGUGAGAAAACUAUAAUCAAGUACAUGACUGACGGUAUCCUGCUGAGAGAAUCCCUACGCGAGUCAGACCUGGACCACUACAGCGCUAUCAUCAUGGACGAGGCUCACGAACGCUCCCUGAACACCGAUGUGCUGUUUGGACUACUCCGAGAGGUGGUUGCUAGGAGACAAGACAUGAAGCUCAUUGUCACAUCAGCCACAAUGGACUCGGACAAAUUUGCGGCCUUCUUUGGAAAUGUUCCCGUCUUUGAGAUUCCCGGUAGGACGUUUCCUGUCGACACCAUGUUCAGCAAGACCGCGGUGGAGGAUUACGUGGACGCGUCCGUCAAGCAAGCCAUCCAGAUCCACCUCCAGUCAUCCCCCGGUGACAUCCUGGUCUUCAUGCCCGGCCAGGAGGACAUUGAGGUCACCUGUGAUGUCAUCGCAGAGAGACUAGGGGAGCUGGACAACGCCCCUCAGUUGGCCAUCCUGCCCAUCUACUCCCAGCUGCCAUCAGACCUGCAAGCCAAGAUCUUCCAGAAGGCCCCGGACGGCGUCCGCAAGUGCGUGGUGGCUACCAACAUUGCCGAGACAUCGCUGACAGUUGAUGGUAUCAUGUUUGUAGUGGACGCUGGCUACUGUAAGCUAAAGGUUUAUAACCCACGGAUCGGUAUGGACGCCCUGCAGGUGUACCCCAUCAGCCAGGCUAACGCCCGACAGAGAUCAGGUAGAGCUGGAAGAACAGGACCAGGGCAGUGCUACAGACUCUACACGGAGCGAGCAUACAAGAAUGAACUGCUAGUUACCACGGUGCCAGAGAUACAGAGAACCAACCUGGCCAAUGUUGUGCUGCUGCUGAAGUCACUUGGAGUCCAGGACCUCUUGCAGUUCCAUUUUAUGGACCCACCCCCUCAAGACAACAUGCUCAACUCUAUGUACCAGCUGUGGAUCCUGGGAGCUCUAGACAACACGGGUUCCCUCACCCCUCUAGGAAGACAGAUGGUGGAGUUCCCUCUCGACCCUGCCCUCUCCAAGAUGCUGAUUGUUGCCGUGGAGAUGGGAUGCAGUACUGAAGUCCUAACCAUAGUGUCCAUGCUGUCCAUCCCUUCAAUCUUCUACCGGCCAAAGGGCAGGGAAGAAGAGAGUGACCAGGCCAGAGAGAAGUUUGCCGUGCCCGAGAGUGACCAUCUGACCUACCUCAAUGUCUACCAGCAGUGGAAAAACAACCAUUAUUCAUCAAUAUGGGGCAAUGAACAUUUUAUCCACGUCAAAGCGAUGCGCAAAGUACGCGAGGUGCGCCAGCAGCUGAAGGACAUCAUGGAACAACAGGGACUGAAUUUGGUAUCCUGCGGCACCGCCUGGGAUAUUGUGCGCAAGUGUAUCUGCUCAGCCUUCUUUCACCAGGGCGCCAGACUGAAGGGUAUCGGCGAGUAUGUGAAUAUUCGCACAGGCAUGCCGUGCCAUCUUCACCCGACUAGUGCCCUCUUUGGGAUGGGUUUCACCCCAGAGUACAUCAUCUACCACGAACUGGUCAUGACAUCAAAGGAGUACAUGCAGUGUGUGACGGCUGUAGAGGGAGAGUGGCUUGCCGAGUUGGGUCCCAUGUUCUACAGCGUCAAGGAGGCUGGCAAAUCCAGACAGGCCAAUCGUCAGAUGGCCAAGGCCAACUUAACAGCCAUGGAGGAAGAGAUGCAGCUGGCCACUGAAGAGUUGAAGGCCAGAAAAGAACACGAGGAACAGAAGAGAGUGACGUCCAUUAGAAGGUUACAAAUUUCCACUCCAGGAAGGAAAGAGCCCAAAACUCCAGCAUCUGUGCGAAGGAAAACGCCCUCAUCCUUUGGUCUCUGAGAACACUGUCCGAGGAGACAGCCAGCACAUGCUCACAUUCUGGUUCCUACAAGAAGAUUCCUCCAAGCAUUGAACUUAGCUUUCAGCUCAUCUGUGAAAUAAACUCCAAGUAUAUUCUCUGGCUUCUGUCUUUCGGAACCACUCCCCACUCUUAGAAAUUGUCCCGUGGUGUCAUUGCAAACUGAUAUCAAUGAACAUGCAGCCCCCCAGAAUAAGAAUUCUGUGGUUCUCCCCUAGAACCAAACCAGCCUUCCGGUUCCUUGCAGGAACUGAAGUAUUUCCUCCGUGAUUUGGUUUUAAUGCAUCUCUGCAAACCAACAACAGUACUCCAUCACACAAAGCCUACAGAAAUUACAGUGAAACAGGUCAUCUGCUAUCCACAUUCUUCUGUUUUUAAUACAAGAAUUACAUAAACUACACUGUGCUCGUCUUUCUACAUGGCUGACUUAUACCUUGAAAUGUGCAACUACUUUGGCCUAACUUCCCGAACAAUCUCUCCUACUGCUGUAUGGCUACCAGGUAGUCACUAUGACUAUGCUAAUAACGUACGACGCUACAAUCCCCCUUAUUUACAACAGGGCUCGAGUCAAGUCCAUCCCGAGACAAGUUAGAAAUUCUGUCACAAUUCCAGUCGGAAACUACUCGGGUGAAGGAGUGCUUGUUUCACAGCUCAUUUGAAUAGCCAGUUGCUUGGCUCAAAACUACAUGACUUGUGAGGGGACUUGUGUGAUGAGCUAGACUACAGCCCAAAUACACUGUGCUCUGUAAUGGAGGUACCUAGAAUGGUUGUCUUUUAACAAUUUGUGUGUAAUGUACAAAGGAUUUGAAGUAAAAUAGAGGAAAUAAAAGGGUAUUGAAUCCACACCAUCACUAAAUUUACAGUCCAUCCGACGUCCUUACAAAACUGAACCCCACCUCCACAAAAAAGUGCAAACUGAACUACUGAACCUGUCAAAAUCCAGCACCAGGUUUUGAUAGAUUUAGGCCUUGUAGUACGUACUACUGCUUUAUUGCAGAGUUGGAUUUUAAGGGGUUUAGGAAAAUAUGCUCAAGGCAUUAAUGCCAAUAUACAUGUAAUUCUGAAAUAUUGCAUCUUUUUUUUUUUAAUUAAUAAAACUGGCUUUGUUACAGCCCGAUGACAGGACAGUUAUUCUGUGAUUGGUAUCACUAUUGCCAUCAGCAACCUGAUUGGCUCAGUGAUCAAUGGUUUCUUUGUUUUGACCAACCAAAUUAGAGAUAACACCCUUUUAUUGUGACUUUUUACAUCAAACUUGCCUUGGAUACAAGCCCCUUGUAAUAAGGUUUGGUGUAAAAAUUUAAGCUGAGGAAAAUGAAUAACAAGUAUCCAAAAGGUGCUGAAUUAUUUUUCGUGCA